AUGUCGACCGGCUCCGAGCAGAUGGCGCCAAGUUUGGAGCAGAUUUUGAAGAUGAGGCAGGAGCGCAUCCAGCGAACCCCGAAAUGCGCCAGGUGCCGGAAUCACGGGACCGUCAGCGCGCUUAAAGGGCACAAACGCUUCUGUAAGUGGAAGGACUGCCUGUGCGCUAAAUGCACGCUGAUCGCGGAACGGCAAAGAGUUAUGGCAGCACAGGUGGCGCUUCGACGUCAGCAGAGCCAGGAGGAGAAAGAGGCUAAGGACCUGGAGAUGCUGCUUGGUGUUAGCAAUUACGGCCAUCAGACUACGCCACUGGACUAUCGACAGCGAAAGGACGAGGAU